GCUAGACUUAAGAACACGAGUCCGAAUUUAGCUCAUCGGCAGGGCCACGAGAGGUACGAAAAUUCGGGUUUAUCGCGAUUGCUCGGAAUUCAGGUGUCAUUUCUCGUCGAUUCUAAAAGGCUCGAGAACAUGAAAAAAUCUGGCGAGUCCACGCAGGAUGUCAGCAACGUUACGUCAACGAUCCAAUCGCAGGAAAUAUCCGGCUUCGAUGAUCCCAACGACUCGAAAAAACCGGAGAAGGAAGAUUCAACCGAAUUUGUCUGUACUCAACGUCUAGCGAAUUUGCCAAUUGUUGCAAGUAUCAAUUCUAGUAUUAGCGAAGCUUAUACGAGUGUUAAACAGUCUCAUCCUACUGUCGAAAAGAUAUUUGAAACGACCAAAGAAGGGCUUGGCGAAGGAGCGAAAAUCGCUGCUCCCGUAACCUCCAAAAUCGGAUCUACUCUCAAAGGACCGCUCAAAACUAUCGACGGUGUUAUAUGCGACGGUCUCGAUUACCUUGAGGAUAAUGUACCGGCGGUUAAACUACCGCCGGCCAAAAUGUACGACAAUGUACAAGAAUACGUCAGAAAUGUUUCAGAAAACAUUAAAACACACUCAAACGCCUUGUACGCCGAUCUCAAACGCAAAUUGGAAGAGUUGACGAAAUCUAUUGAGGAAGAGCCAAAAAAUUCUGAGCGUCGUUCGGAGGAUUCCAAACCUGGGAAAUGAUCGCUGACGAUUUUUUUUUGUUAUUUUUCUGCAUCUAUAUAUGUAUAUUUUUAUAUACAUAUGCAUGAUUCUCCCCGAAUAAAUAUACAUAGAGAUUAUA